UCAACUCCAUUGUCCAACCCAGAAGUGAUAUCUAGAUUGUUGACAUGGCGCCUACAGUAGCUGCAACAGGGUCUAGAGUAGAGAGCUUGGCCGGCAGCGGUAUCGUGUCCAUUCCCAAAGAAUACGUGCGUCCUCAGGAGGAGCUGACCAGCAUUAACGAUGUGUUCGAAGAGGAGAAGAAGGUUGAAGGACCUCAGGUACCCACCGUUGAUUUAAAAGAUUUGGAUUCGGAAGAGCCAGCUGUGAGGGAGAGUUGCAAGGAGGAGCUGAAGAAAUCUGCAAUGGACUGGGGAGUGAUGCAUCUCGUCAACCAUGGCAUCUCCGAAGACCUCAUCAACCGCGUUAGGGCUGCCGGAAAAACCUUCUUCGAUCUCCCUGUGGAGGAGAAGGAGAAGUACGCUAACGAUCAAGCCUCAGGCAAGAUUUCUGGGUACGGAAGCAAACUUGCAAACAAUGCGAGUGGUCAGCUUGAGUGGGAGGAUUACUUCUUCCACCUCAUCUUCCCUGAAGACAAGCGUGACAUGUCAAUCUGGCCCAAGACACCCAGCGACUACGUAGAGGUGACGAGCGAAUACGCAAAGCAAUUGAGGGUGAUAGCGAGCAAGAUCUUGUCGGUGUUGUCCCUGGGCCUGGGAUUAGAGGAAGGAAGACUGGAAAAAGAAGUGGGUGGGAUGGAAGAGUUGUUGUUGCAGAUGAAGAUCAACUAUUACCCCAAAUGUCCCCAGCCAGAGCUGGCUCUAGGCGUGGAAGCCCAUACCGACAUCAGCGCCCUCACAUUCAUCCUCCACAACAUGGUACCUGGGUUGCAACUCUUCUACGAAGGGAAAUGGGUGACGGCCAAGUGUGUUCCAAACUCAAUCAUUAUGCACAUUGGGGACACCAUAGAGAUCCUUAGCAACCGUAAGUACAAGAGUAUCCUUCACAGGGGACUUGUCAACAAGGAGAAGGUUAGGAUCUCUUGGGCCGUCUUCUGUGAGCCUCCAAAGGAGAAGAUCAUACUCAAGCCUCUCCCGGAAGUCGUGACUGAGUCGGAACCGGCGGUUUUCCCACCUCGUACCUUCGCUCAGCACAUCCAACACAAACUCUUCAGGAAAACCCAGGAAGCUCUCCUCACCAAAUGAAGAGUCUCUGGCACCAGAAGAUAUGGU